GUUGGGAGGGGAUCUUUCAGGGCCUUGCGGUUCCCCAGGCUCCUCCUCUGCCAGUGGUCACUGCCCCUCCACCAGGCUUCCUUCCAGAGGAGUUUCCUUCCCAGCCAGGCCAGCCCAGGAGCCAGAUGGUCCCAGGACAGGCCCAGCCCCAGAGUCCAGAGAUGCUGCUGCUGUCCCUGUUGCUGCCCAUGCUGGGGGAGGGGUUCCUGAACCAGGGCUCAAGUUACAGUCUUCAAGUGCAGAGGCUGGUGACGGUGCAGGAGGGCCUGUGUGUCUUCAUGCCUUGCAACCUCUCCUACCCCCGGGUUGGCUGGAAUGAGUCUACUGCCGCUCAUGGCUACUGGUUCAAAAUAAUGACCAACACAUAUACCCGUGCUCUUGUGGCCACAAACAACCCAAAUCAAGAGGUGGACGUGAGCAUGCGGGACCGAUUCCAGCUCACGGGGGACCCCGGCAAGGGGAGCUGCUCCUUGGUGGUCAGAGACGCACAGAUGCAGGACACGGGAGUGUACUACUUUCGGGUGGAGAGGGGAAGCUAUGUGAAAUUCAACUUUAACGGGCUCCAUCUAAAAGUAACAGCCCUGACUCAGAAGCCUGAUGUCUACAUCCCCGAGACCCUGGAGCCUGGGCGGCCAGUGACAGUCAUCUGUGUGUUUAACUGGGCUUUCAAGAAGUGUCCAGCCCCUUCUUUCUCCUGGACGGGUGCUGCCCUCUCUUCUAAAAGAACCAGACCAAGCAGCCCCCACUUCUCAGUGCUCAGCUUCACGCCCAGACCCCAGGACCACGACACCAACCUCACCUGCCACGUGGACUUCUCUAGAACGGGUGUGAGCACACAGAGGACCGUCCGACUCCGCGUGGCCUACGCCCCCAGAGACGUUGUUAUCAGCAUUUCCCGUGACAACACGCCAGCUCUGAAGCUCCAGGAAAAUCUCACACAUCUGGAAGCCCAGAAAGGCCAGUUCCUGAGGCUCCUCUGUGCUGCCGACAGCCAGCCCCCCGCCAUGCUGAGCUGGGUGCUACAGGACAGAGUCCUCUCCUGGUCCCACCCCUGGGGCCCCAGAACCCUGGGGCUGGAGCUUCCCCGGGUGAAGGCCGGGGAUUCAGGCCACUACACCUGCCGAGCAGAGAACAGGCUUGGCUCCCAGCAGCGAGCCCUGGACCUCUCUGUGCAGUAUCCUCCAGAGGACCUGAGAGUGAUGGUUUCCCAAGCAAACAGGACAGUCCUGGAAAACCUUGGGAACGGCACAUCCCUCCCGGUCCUGGAGGGCCAAAGCCUGCGCCUGGCCUGUGUCACCCACAGCAGUCCCCCAGCCAGGCUGAGCUGGACCCGGGGGGGACAGACCCUGAGCCCCUCCCCACCCUCAGAUCCCGCGGUCCUGGAGCUGCCUCAGGUUCAAAUGGAGCAUGAAGGAGAGUUCACCUGCCACGCUCAGCACCCACUGGGCUCCCAGCAUGUCUCUCUCAGCCUCUCCGUGCACUACUCCCCUCAGCUACUGGGCCCCUCCUGCUCCUGGGAGGCUGAGAGUCUGCACUGCAGCUGCUCCUCCCAGGCCAGCCCGGCCCCCUCUCUGCGCUGGUGGCUUGGAGAGGAGCUCCUGGAGGGGAACAGCAGCCGGGACUCCUUCGAGGUCACCCCCAGCUCAGCCGGGCCCUGGGCCAACAGCUCCCUGAGCCUCCGAGGGGUACUCGGCUCCCACCUCAGGCUCAGCUGUGAGGCCUGGAAUGUCCACGGGGCCCAAAGCAGCUCUGUCCUCAAGCUGCCACAAGGGAAUCAGGAGUGGAGGGGAGGACUUGGUCUGGGGGCCGCUCUGGGAGCUGGCGUUGCUGUCCUGCUCUCUCUCUGUUUCUGCCUCGUCGUCUUCAGGGUGAAGACCUGCAGGAAGGAAGCCGCCCAGAUGGCAGCCGCUGAGCAAGAUGCGCCCUCUGCCGUGGGGCCCAUCUCCCGGUUGAGAGCCCAGCCUCUGUCCUCUGGGGCCUUGGCCUUUCCCCUUUCCUGGACGGCCACGGCCACGCCUCUUGAUGACUCGCAGAAUCAUCGUGCCCCGAAUAAGGGUCACCAGCACAAAUGCCCAGCAGGCAGCUCCCAAGACUACCCGCCCCCAGGUGCAGCCACCCCCAACCCCGGGGAGGAGCAGGAGCUCCACUACGCCUCCCUCAGCUUCCAAGGGCUGAGGCCUCGGGAGCCUGCGCACCAGGAGGCCCCCAGCACCACCGAGUACUCAGAAAUCAAGAUCCACAAGGGACAGCCCCCGAAGGGCCCCGGCUCUGGGCUUUUGUUGAAGACGUCAGGGAUGCUUCCAAAGUGAAGAGUUCUCCAUGGAAACAGGACACCAGCAAGUGUGUGGGCGUCGCACUGGUAUCGGCCAGAACCGGACUCAGAUUUCAGCCCCAUCCCCCACGAAGAGCUUGAGUUUGAAGAUUACACUUUCUGA